AUGCCUAAAGAGGAUUGCAAAUAUUGGGACAAAUGCUAUCAAAGGAAUGAAUUGCAUUUGCAGAAAUACAAUCAUCCGGAAAAGAAGGCCUCAGAUACUACCAAGGAAGAAGCCGAUGAUAAAUCACCCAAGAAGAAAACAAUAACAAAACGUCGUUCAUCGGAAAUGGAAACUUCAAACCACACUGAAUCCAAGGAUAACAGCGACAACAAACCGCAGCAGGAAGAAAAGGAUAAAUAUGAAAUUGAAGAACUGCGAAAGGAGGCAUUGGCCAAUAUCAGUGGUAAAGAUUACAUGGCAUUGUUGCAAAAACGUAUUAAACUAUCCGAACAACAAGAAUAUGAUAAUUUGUUAAAAAGCCAUGAAUUUAUACGUCAUAAAUUUCUUGUGGAAAUGCCGCCAGAUUUUUAUGCCUUUUGGAAAUUUUUAGAACAACUAAAACCUAAUCUGAAGGGCGAAGAAAUUCUAAAAUAUUUGGAAAAUCAAUUUCAGCUAUUGGCAGUUGGGCCAUUUGAAUUUUUGGCGGGAAGAUUUAAUCAAGCAAAAUUACACGAACCGGGUGAUUAUUUGCGGCAUUGGAGAUUCUAUUAUGAUCCACCGGAAUUUCAAACGGUGUUUGUACGUAAAGGUACCGGCAUACACUACGGUUAUUGGCGUGAUGAUCCCCAUGACAAGGAAUCAUUGCUAAUGGCCCGUAAUGACUCCACGAAGAGUUGUGAAUUUGAAUUUAUUGCCGCCAAUGUGUUUGAUGCCUUUGUGUACUAUUUGGACAAGGAUUUCCAAGGUACUCCAUUCACAACCGGCACUGUGGCCAGCACUAAGAAAUCAUUACAGAAAUUUAUUGGCUCGUGUGAAGUUCAGUUGGAUCCUUUGGACAAAAUACGUCGUGCUCGCAGCUCCAAAGUUGUCUGUAAAACUUUUCAUCGUGCCGGUAUUGUGGUACCCUAUGAAUCGAAAACUCAAUUGGGUUACAGGCCUCUAAUUGAAAGUGAUGCUGAAUUAAAGAGGAUUUUAAAAUUGUUUGAUUCGGCCGGCUCAAAUGCUGAUGACAAAAAUGAUGAAGUAAAAGCUGCAGUUAUGGAAAAGCUGCAACCCAUUGCCACCGCAGCCAGUAUUGCUGUAGAUGAAUGUGAUUUUGGUACAGCUCUGGAAUUGGGUAUUGAUCUGUUCUGCAGUGGCUACACUCAAUUGCAUAUGCUAAUUAGUAGUCUGUUGGUGCAGGCCUAUUCUUUGCUACAACGGCCACAAUUUAUUGCCAUCUCUAAAGCCCAUUUGGAGCAAAGAUCGAAGGGUCUUAAUUUAAGUAUAUUCGAUUUAGAAAAAUAA